AUGGGAUCAGAAAAUAAAGUGGAGCUUCCAGUUAUCAACUUCUCCAUUCAAGACUUGGAAUUGAAUGAAGCAAAGUGGGAAUCAGUGAAAUACCAAGUCCACAAAGCACUUGUAGAAUAUGGUUGCUUUGAGGCCAUGUUUGAUAAAGUCCCUUUGGACCUCCUCAAAGCCAUUUUUGUAGAACAGGAAGAGCUUUUCAAUCUUCCUUUACAAACCAAGCAACGUUUGGUGCAUGGUAAUAGGCCCUACCAUGGUUAUCUUGGGCCUCAUCAACUCUAUGAGAGUUUGGGAAUUGAGGAUGCAGAUGUUUAUGAGAACGUGGAAAGUUCACUCAAAAUCUUAUGGCCAGAAGGAAAACCAAAUUUCAGCAACAAUAUACAAUCCUUCACAGAGCAAGUGACAAGGUUGGAUCAGAUUAUUAGGAAGAUGUUUCUGGAGAGUUUAGGUGUUGAAAAAUAUUUGGACCAACACAUGGACUCAACACAUUACCUGACACGGCUUAUCAAGUACAAAGGCCCUCAAACUAAUGAAGCAAAAGUUGGCAUAUUAGAGCACACAGAUAAGAACACAUUUACCAUAUUGUGUCAAAAUCAAAUUGACGGUUUAGAGUUACAGACUAAAAGUGGAGAGUGGAUCAAAUACAAGCCCUCAUCAUCAAAUAGCUUCGUGGUUGUUGCUGGGGACGCCCUUCAUGCAUGGACAAAUGGCAAAGUGCAUGCACCCAUUCACCGAGUGAUGAUGAUUGGAAAUGAAACAAGGUUCUCUCUUGGAGUGUUCACAGUUCCAAAACAAGGGGUCAUAAUAGAAGCCCCAGAAGAGCUUGUGACAGAGGAGCAUCCUUUGCUUUUUAAGCCCUAUGUCCACAGUGAGUUCAUGGAGUUUCUUCGUUCUUCUGAGGGUGUUAAAAAUGCUCUGAAGGUUUAUUGUGGAGUCUGA